AGAAAGGAUAUGGAUGGAGUUGAAAUGUAGUUUGUGUAGAUAACACAGCAACGGGUCUUUUUCUUCCAUGGAAUCCCCAUCUCUAUGUAUUCAAAGCUCACAAUUCAAAACAAGGCUCUUCUUUCAAACUCGGUCUCUUAGGUUUCACUUCACAACUUACCUAAAUUCUCAAACAAGAAGGAAAAACUUUACCAUCCUUUCAGUUCUGUUGAUCUUAUUAUUCAGUUGAAGCAGGCAAACUACUUUAUCAGCAUCAUUUUGGGGUAAAAUAUGGGUUCCUUCUGUUGAUUAAUUUCUGCAGUUUUCAUCUUGUAUUCCAAACGGGUAAAGCUUGGAUUCUUACAUCAUUUUCACAAUCAUGUGUUUGUCUUGGGAACACUAGUGUUUUGUUCGUUCCCUUUGGGUUUUCUAUUGGUUAGUUUAUUAAAUUUCUGGAAUUGAGAGUUUCAAUCUUAGCUUGCAUAUUGUUUCCAGCUUUAUGAGGGAUUGGCAAACUAUUGUAUUAAUAAUAAUUCAAGAAGAUUCAGUUCUUUAAUUGAUUAUUGAUUGUGCUGAAUUGCUCAAGUUGUGUGGCCAAUGAUAUUUUCGCUUUCAGAAUUGGAUUCAUGGGAAUUGUUCUUUCGAGGUUUUCAAUGUCGAAAAUGGAAAGUCAAGUUUUGUGCUAUUGAACUUGGUAGUUUCUGAAAUGGAUUCGUUUAAGCUGCUUCCAUCUUAGCUUGCAUAUUGUUUUUCAGUUUUAUGAGGAAUUGGUAUAAUAUUGUAUGAUUCAAGAAGAUUCCAUCCUAUAAUUAAUUAUUAUGCUGAUGUUUGAGUUGUAAGGCCAAUGUAUGUUCUCUUUUUCAAACUUGGAUUGAUGGAAGUUGUAGAUGUCGAUAAUCGAAAUAAGGACUUAGUUUUUGUGUUGUAGAACUCGGUAGUUACAGAAAUGGAUUCAUGGCUUGUUGCAACAGCUGCUGGUUAUUUUGCUGAAUAUUGGCAAAAUCUUUUGAGUGAUAGGACUCGCUUUCCUGAGCUAAGAACUCAAGGGACUGAAACCAGGAACGGUCCCUUGUCUUCGACAAAGGGACUCCAGCAAGAUGUUUCUUCAGAUGGAAGAGAGUUUUCAACUAGGAAAGUAUCAGAUUCUUAUAGACAUUAUGUGGUUUCAGCUGCACAAGUGGAUUCCGAUAGCGGAUUCGAUAGUGAAAUGGUGGGAAGUUCAGGACAUCACAUGGAUCACAAUUUAGUUUCUCAAUCAAGAGAAGAUCAAUGUAGAAAGGGGCCUAGAAGUGACACUAUGAGGAAAAGAAGCACACUUGAAACUAGAUAUUCAUAUGGUCAUUUACUUAAACCUUUUAGUUCCUUAGAUAGUUGCAUAAUGGCUCACCUAUAUAUGGAACAUGUUAAUAUGGAAGAAUACAUACUUACUUUCCCUCCAUCAUCACCGACUGCAAUAUCGAGACCAUUGAUUGUAACUGAUGGAAGCCAAAUAAUCAGCAGAGCAAGUGGCAGUUUUCCCAAUGGAUCAAAUCGAACCGCAGAGAGUAAGUUGCAUAAUCUAGCCACUUUUGAAACGAGUGGAAAUGUUUUCGGGAUUCCUCCGUUGCCAAAAGUCAAGUCUUCAGAUCUCCGCAAGAAGUUGAAAUUUAAGAGAGGAAACCGGUAUAGUGGAAGACAAAGCAUUCCUUGCAAAAUGGAUACUGCAAACCGGUUUCAUUCACAAAAGGGUCCGGAUGAUGGAGCGUUUCUGUUUUCUCUCGGUAUUUUUAUGGGCAUAGUAUCUUCUUGUAUCAGAAAUCGAAGGGAAGUGUUGAAAUUGAGAGGGUUGUUAAAGCAUACAGAGAAUGUAGUUCAAGAUCUUCAUGAUGAGCUCGAGAUGAAAGAUCCGGUGACAGUGAAGGAGAUAGCUAAUGAGAAGUACGAAUCAGGGGAGACGUAUGAUGAUUCCUUUCAUGACAGGGUAUCAUCUUCCGUGGAACAGAAUUUCAAUAAUUCCAAACGAUGUUAUGGUGGAGAAUCAUAUUAUGAUAAGGUAGGGGAAAGUUCAGAGUCAAUGAGUCAAAUCGAAGCUGAGCUCGAAGCUGAACUCGAGAGGUUGGGUCUAAACAUGAACGUAUCUAACCUGGAGGGAAGAUUGUCUGAUCUUGAUGAGCUUGACCCGGAUUUUGCCGAACGUGAAUUGAGAUCCGAUAUGAUCAAUGCGCAGGCUCUUGUCAAAUCUGUUUCAAAUGAAGAUAGCCGUGACACUUCUACUACUCAUUCCAGAAAUUAUGCAGUCUCACCGCAAGAGUUGAGCAUGCGUCUACAUGAAGUUAUUCAAUCGAAGCUCGAAGAACGUAUAGAAGAACUUGAGAUGGCCCUCAGGAACAGCCAGAAGAAGGUGAAACUAAUGGAAUGGCAGUAUAAGAUUUCACGAAAGAUCUCUAACAGUAAACUGAAAUAUUCAUCCAACCCUGAGAGUCCAUUAGCAAAUGAAGAAAUCGAUUGCCAGUCUGGUCCUCUGGUUAUGCAACUAUCAGGGGAAGCUCUAGAUGCAUACAUUGAAGCUCGUGAAGAGCUGUUGAAGACGGACGAGUCAGAAGAAGAUGAUGAUGAUGAUGGACUACCUGAUAUUUAUCGAAAUAAGCAUCAAGGCGAGCUGCAUAAGUAUGAUCGAAUUCAAAACAUGUCUUGGGGCAGUCAAGACAGCAUGUAUCCGAAGAACACAUCGGAGGAGGUCGUAUAUGGUGGAGGACGAACAUUGGAAGAUCAACACUUAAGAGUGCAUGAAUUAGUGGGUGUGAGUGAAGAUGAAUGUAGUGACGGUGAUGAUGAAAUGGAGAAGCAACUGAUAGAGAAGAUUGUGGAGAAAACUAGGAAAGGGUCUGAUGCACUAGUCAAUGCAGAGAGGAUAUUGUUUUCCAUGGAUGGAAUCUAAGUUUCCUUGUUUGUAUCAAUCUCCGUACACGGUGAUGCAUAUUGGGAUUAUAGUAUAGAAAAGGAUAAAAAUUUAAAUACAGUUGGAAUAUACCUGUAAUGAACAAAGUGAUUGUGUUGGAAAUACAUUAAUAACUAAUUUUCCCA